AAAUCGAGGAGACGGUCUGAAUUAUGUAGAAAAUAUCACAAGCCGAUCACGCGUCUACGUGUAGAACAAGUCUACCAAAACACCCAGAGUUUGCAUAUCCUCUCUUCACAUGCCGACGGAAACGACUGCUAGGCUUCAAAGUCUCUUUUGCUCCUAAAGAUGGCUCCAUCUCGGCUGCAUCCGAGCUGAUAGCUAAGAUAUUUAGCCUCACGUCACCGUUCACAGAGCUACUCGUAUGGCUAACUGUAUCUACACAUCUUAUCGCCCAGAGACGAUAAAAUAGCAAGCUAUCAUUACGGUCUGACAGGACGGGGCUACCGAAGAUAACGGCCCGAACCAGGGUUAAAAAGGGUGAGAUUUGAGAGGAAGAAGAGACACCAGGAUCCAUGCAUCCAGCGUUUCAUGGCCUAUCUUCCUUCCAGACGCGACUCGGAAGAUAUAGGAGGAUAAGGAACAAGCCCGACAGGCAAGCAGUCAUCCCUUAACAUAGCUUGACAUCUAUUAAUUACAAGCUUCCGUUGCCCUCUUCACUCAUGAAGGAUGAAGAUGAGACAGGCCAGUGUAUCCCUAACGGAUCCGGCGGUCUAGUAGCUUGAUUAUAUGUGACUGCCAUGUAGUUAUUCGCACUCCGUACGCCGUGCUGUGUCCAAUGCUUCAUUUAUGCACAGUCGAUCUCUAGCACAGGUAAAGCUGCUGCCUGCGAACCGCCUAUCAGAAAUCAAUAGCGUGCUGGCUGCCUGUUAUCACCCAACACCAAGCGGCCCGGAUCCCCUAAAAACACGAUAGACUCAUCCGGCUGCGUUUGUGUUCCAUCCACAAGUUCCCGGACAUCUCCUAAAGCGAAGAGAUGGCGACGAGCGGCUAUUAGUUAACUACUCACUACCUUGUGAGGGGGCAGUCGGGAAGUAAUUCGCCUCGUUCGGUCGGUCCCUGGAGUGGCGACCGGACUUCCAUCUCAUUCUCCCUCUUGUCUGCCGCUGUGUGCUCCAUGCUUGGUUGUUUUGAUCAUUGAUAAGAUAACUAUGAAAAAAUCUCGCACUUUCACAUGCCAGAAGUCUCCGCUUGGCGAAAUGGCUGGGAUUUUGUACUGGUACUUGCGUGUGUUGCGUGGCUUCGGCGCAACGGGUUGUAUAGAUACCUGCGUGGUAUGACUACAGCUAAGGUACCUGGCCACUUUCACAUGUGAAAGAACGCAUCUAGAAGAGCACAGAAGAGUAAGAAAACAGGCAGAGAGCACUUCUGGCGUUUCUUGCGGUUGAUUCGCUGCUUGCAAGCGUGCUAUGAAGCAGAUGUGCUUUGUGAGUCGAUGCUCGAGAGCCUGAUAAAUAUAAAGCCUCCCUCCCGCUUCCUUGCUGUCCACUUUCGUGUGCACAUCCCACAAACAUCACAGUCAUCUUCAUUUCUCCAAGCUGAUAACUCGCCUCAUCUCUUAUCUGUAUUCUCCAAUCUCAACUGUCAAGGUAUGUGUUGCUUUGCCUGUCUGUCUCUGUAUACACCAGCUAACCUACCCCUAGUAGCUCCAACUACCUAGCCAUCCAAAAUGGGCGAACAACCAAACACCAACGGCAGCAAGCCUUCCUCCCAAUUUCUCUCUCAUCUUAUCUCCUACCCAUUCAUCGCCGACUAUCUCGAGGCUCUCAAGAAAUCCCCCUACGGCCAAAAGUCCAUCGAGUAUGCCGACAAGAGCAUUGCCCAACUCCAGCCAUACUUCCCUUACCUUGCUAAGCCCUACGGCUACGUGGCUCCAUAUGUCGAGAAGGUAGACCACUUGGGCAAUGAGGGUCUGAACCAGGUUGACAACACUUACCCAAAGCUUGUCAAGGCAACCGAGGACGUCAGGGGAACCGUUCAGAGCUAUUUCCGCGUGGCUGAAGAUGGCACCAAAUACGUUCGAUCAACCUACGACUCAGAGUACAAGCUCGCUCAGGGUGGCAGCCCGAUCGUGUCCCAAGGCAAAGCUGCCGUCUCUACUGGGUUGAUGAUCACUUCUCAGUACUUGCUCUGGUUGAGCAACUUGAUUAUCCCACACCAGCAGAAGGCACAAGAGAAUGGCAAUGGCGCCGCUAAAGCUUCCAGCUAAACUGGUUUUUUUCUCCAUAAAGUUUCAGCACUCGUUUAAUACCUUAAGAUAUCCCAUUAGACGAGCACGCGUUUGCUUAGUCUAAGUGUUUGAUGACUCUCUAUCCUUUUGAUCUCUUUAAAUUCAUAUGGCUGGGAAAAGUUGCUUCAAUAUCUGCUCUUUUUAUCUUGUCUUUGUGUGUUUAUAUACAGAACCUACUCUUUCUUUAUAAUAUUUCCUAUCCUCCUCUCCUCCUUAUCUACCAUGAAUUGUGCUCAAUUUAGUUUCUCAUAUUCCCUCGUCUAAUUGAAACUACUAUCCGGCCCGGGCUGUAUGUAUUAAGUUCACAAUUCUCUACGUGAUGAACAGUAUAUCUACCCUCUGCCCUUCCACUGUUUUCAAAACAAACGUAUACAUCGCCACAUAUCUCUUGCAUGUGCGUGGCUCCACUCAAGACGCUGAGGCUCUCCUCUUUUAUUUUCCAUGAAUAUGAGCUGUAUCAAGUCAUAUAUAGCCACGUUCGCCGAGUUCGGUCUCUUCCUUAUAUAAUUAAUGAAGCCUCCUGCAGGCUAUAUCCCCAACUACCUGAGCUGAUAAAAGGCACAACUCGAGUGUGAAAUAGGGAGCAGGCCUCAUCUCGGGCUUACGCUGGAGUCCCGCAACAUCAAGAAAACUGCUAAAACAUGCCCUAUUUUUUCCCGAAACAGGGGCUAUGAUUAGUGGAUACCACUAUCGCCCGAAAAGCCUCGCCUUGCAAAUCCUUUUCUAGCCCUUCCUUACCAUGUUUGUUUGAGGGAGAUGGAACCAUGGAAUAACACUCAGCUACCCUUCUUGCUUGGCUUUGCGGCUAAGCUUGUUUUCAGCCGCCUCUGUUCACGUGAUAUAAGGCUUGGCCCUUGGUUGUGUUAGGUAAGGAGGAGCGGACUAUAUCAACAUCGCGUAAAGGAUUUAUGAGUUUGGAGUUGCGUAUGAUGUCAGAGGUAAGAGACAAGGCAAAGGAUGUUGCAAUUUUGUCUGAUAAAAUCCAGUAGUGUGUCGAUCAUGUUAGCCUCAGAGCGUAUACGAAACAUCUCCUAUAUUGAGUUAGACAAGGUCUCGUAGACCAAGAUAUUGAUGGUUGCACACCUUAUGAGAUUCUUGAAUAUCGCCAGCUUCUCGUUUCAUCAAGUGGCUGUAUGUUAGUUGGCCCUUUUCUCUCGUGGAUACUCUAUAAAGUUGCAAGAGAGCGCCCUUUUAUUCUUAUUUCUCGGCAUUUAAAAUGGAUAGUUAGUUCCUCUCCAAGGCGUUUCGACUGCUCAGCCCCUUGCAAUCCCAUUAUUGUCCCUCUG